AGUUUCUUUCCCAACAAAGAAAGCUACAACAGCUAUGGGUUGUUUCAGUUGUUCCAGUUCCAAAUCCAAGGCCACCACAAAGACAUCUGAGUCUGAUCAACCUGCUGGUUAGCCUCUGCAAUACCAAGAACCCCCCAACAAGAACAUACAACAACAAAUCCUCCUACAAAUCCUAGGAUGCAGAGUUCACCUCAUGGAAAAAGGAAAAGCCCUAGAGUUGGCCGCCGGCAAGUUCAUUCUCGAGACAUCUUCGACGACAAUAUCUCUCUGGCCACCAUCAUCAAAGUCGGUGAAGAGCUCCAGUGGCCCUUGACGAAAGACGAGCUAGUGGUGAAGAUAGAUCAUUUCCACUACCUCUUCUCUCUGCCUAUGAGAUAUGGUGAUCCUCUGAGCUACGGGGUCACUUUUCCGGAGCAGUAUGUGAGUCACUUGGGGUUUCUGGAUUCGUUUUUGAAGGAGCACUCGUGCUUUACGAUCACUUCGAACAGUAGUGCUACGAAGAAUUUUAAGGGUGUUGAUUGGAAGGAGUAUGCUCUGAGGAUUGAGGACUAUAACAAUGUGUUGGCUAAGGCAAUUGCAGGAGGGACUGGUCAGAUUGUUAGGGGAAUCUUCAUGUGUAGCAAUGCUUAUGCCAAUCAGCUUCACAAAGGAGGCUAGACGACAUUGGCUCGUCCAGCUGCGGAGAAACAGUUUGUGAAACAAGAAAGUCCGAGCAAAAAUACGAAUGCCACCAAGAAGAGUGAAAUGAAUAAAAGUUUGAAAUGUGCGAGAAGGUUGUCAAAGAUGACAUCAAAGUUGAGCAAGUCUAUGCUUGAUGGGGUUGGUCUCGUGACCGGAGCAUUGAUGACACCUGUGGUUAAUUCCCAACCAGGGAAGGCAUUUCUAAAA